CUCCGGCGUAGGGUCAGCCUUAUGGCUAUUGUUAUCGAGGCGAUGUUGUGGGGGCCAGGGGAUGUCAGCCCCCGUUGCCGCCAAGCGGGGCGCAAAUAUAAACCACUGACUGUCUCUCUUUCCUUUACUCUUCUAUCCCCAUCUCUCUUUAUUCGACGAUGGAUCCCAAAAUCCAAAAAUGGGUCCAGGAGGACAUCAUGACCCCCGAUGGCGUUCUGAAAUUCUUUGCCGAAAGAUUCGCUGAAAAUGACUUUACCGAUGCCGAAAAGCAUCAGCUCCGUCGGACUUUCGACUUGCUUUCCCAAGACGGCAUGCUCCAUGACUUGCGUUUCGAGGCCCACUUGCAAAAGAAAGUUCUUCUUCCUUCCUCCUUGGAAGAUGCAGGACCCAUUCUCUAUCGCAGUCUUCUCUACCUGUCGCAAUUCCCUUUUGACCAGAAACCCGUCUCAUCCUUGACCUUUGAUGGCCUUGUUCGGGCACUGAGCUGGGCUGACAUGGAAAAGUCCUUCAAGGCUACCGGUGGGGGCUCAUUUACUCGAGCCAAAUCACCUGCAGAUUGCCGGAGAAUCAUUUUCCAGAGUCUGGCCACGACACGCGACGGCAAGAAGCUGCCUUUUGACGUUGAAACGGCCAGGAAAGAGUCGGAACGAAGGGCGUUUGAAUUCUAUCCCCACCAGGAGGAAUGGCUUGCCGGUGAAGUCAAGACCAACAAUGACGAGGAUGGCGAUGAGAUGUUCCACGAUUAUCUGGAUAUUCUUUUCGAAGUGCAAGACACUGAGCUGGGAUAUGCACCGCUGGGCCGAGACGAGUUCCGUCCUUUGGCCCAGCAAUUCCAUGGCAAGGACUCGUACUUGCAUCAUCUCACCAUUCCCCAAGAUCAGUUUCGACUGUUUGUCCAGCUGCUCGUGUUGGGCUGUUUUGGCCGCUCCGUUACUCCAAUCGAGGAGAUGCCAGAGUUGGAUCAUGUCGUUGAUCUUAUUCUUGCUCCGUUUCUUCAGAAUCCCAAUAUAGGCAUUACUUGGGAUGUGUUUGACCGGGCUUCUAAAGACAUGCCUGGUUUAUUCGACGGUCUCACCCGUCUCCUAUCACGCUUGUUUUACACUCCCCCAAACGAUAGAGGUCCACUUCCCAAGCCAGGAUCCAUCGGCACACUACCCAUUCUCUCGCAAAUCGCCUUCUGCGGCUGGGAUGCCGAGGAAGCACUCUGCUUCCCUCCUAAAUCCUACAAUGCCUCUUCACCCAUCACCGCAUCAGCCCUCAAAGACCAAAUCACCGCCUCGCCUACCCCGCUCGUCCUCCUUGUCUCUGGUAAACGAGUCACGACGGGAGAAAAUGUGAUCUUCGGAUACUGUCUUCCAUACUCAGUACCCGGUGAGCCCCAUCCCUCCUUUCUGUUCCAGCUGGGUCCGACAUAUGAUGUCUUUCGUGCGAGGGAUAUCGAUCGUCCGAGGUGUUUGAAGGAGGGGGAUAGCCUCAUCCUUGGAGAGAGUGGGAAUGGAGUGGCUGUGAAAUUCAACCGGGACUGCUCACACGUGACUGUUUCUCAUCGCGUGUCUGGACAGAAUAGCCCUGCGUACGCUGCGACAGAAUCGAGGGGAGACUGGGAGGCAGCGGUGGACGUGGAUGGAAUUGAGAUUUGGUCCGAGGUAUCAUGAUUGCUUACGUCCAUAUAAACUGAAUGAUGAAUAUGAAUAUGAUAAUGGCAUGGAUGCUCCUUUUGUAGCGU